CUCGUGUGCAGUCGACUGUCAUCCAGCCUGUGGGAGGAGUGGCUCUGGGAGAACGAGGGGAUCUUAUAAGUAGGUUAGAUUGAGACGUGACAACAACCGGACAUGGACGUGAAAGACGAAAAGGACAAGUUGGCUUUCGCCAAAGACGAACAGAAAGAAUAUAUAAGUGAAAGCAAGGACAAGAAAAAGGAGAAAGAAAAAAAGCCAGCGGUUUCCAUGGUUGGCCCCAUUGAUGUGUUUAGGUUUGCAAAAGGCUUGGACAUUGUCUUGAUCCUGGCAGGGCUUUUCUGUGCCAUCGUCAACGGAGUAACUCUUCCUCUCAUGUGCAUCGUGUUUGGGGACAUGACAGACAUUCUUGUAAAGACCGCCCCUCCGCAACAAUUCAACAGCACCAACGUCACCUUCGUACCAAGAAACAGCACCUUAGAGGCAGACAUGACACAAUAUGCCAUUUACUUCUCCAUACUGGGCUUUGUCGUGCUGGUGGUUGCCUACGGGCAGGUGGCCUUCUGGACCCUGUCGGCCGGGCGGCAGACAAAACGCAUCCGCAAACUAUUCUUCCACUGCAUCAUGCAGCAGGACAUCGGCUGGUUCGAUGUCACUGAAACAGGAGAGCUCAACACACGUCUCACAGAUGAUGUCUAUAAGAUCCAAGAGGGUAUCGGUGACAAGGCUGGGAAGCUUAUUCAGGCCUUAAGCACCUUCAUCUCAGCCUUCAUCAUCGGCUUCAGCAAAGGCUGGAAACUCACUCUGGUCAUCCUGGCCGUGAGCCCUGUACUCAUCCUUUCGGCUGGAAUGUUCUCAAAGUUGCUCGCGAAUUUCACUUCCAAAGAGCAGGCUGCGUAUGCCAAAGCUGGAGCUGUGGCAUCAGAGGUAAUCUCUGCUAUCAGGACAGUGUUUGCCUUCAAUGGUCAGGAGAAAGAAAUCAAGAGAUAUAUUAAGAACUUAGAGGAUGCAAAGGCCGUGGGAAUAAAGAAGGCGACAUAUGCCAAUUUUGCCUUUGGCUUCAACUUCCUGAUGAUCUACCUGGCCUAUGCUCUGGCCUUCUGGUACGGAAGUACACUCAUCCUCAAGCACGAAUACACGAUUGGAACAGUGAUCACUGUGUUCUUCGUGGUGCUUAUCGGAGCGUUCACUCUGGGUCAGGCCUCUCCUAACAUCGAGACCUUUGCCGGUGCCCGAGGAGCUGCAUAUAAAGUCUACAGCAUUAUUGAUCAUAAACCGAAUAUUGACAGCUUUUCAGAGGCCGGCUUCAAGCCUGAUACCAUAGAAGGAAACAUAGAGUUCAAGAACAUCCACUUCAGCUACCCCUCGAGGCCGGAGGUCCAAGUUCUGCAGAACUUGUCUCUGAGCGUCACCAGUGGGCAGAACAUUGCCUUGGUCGGUAGCAGCGGCUGUGGUAAAAGCACCACGAUCCAGCUGCUGCAGAGGUUCUACGAUCCCCAAGAAGGAUCUGUGACUAUUGACGGUCACGACAUCCGUUCCCUUAACGUCCGCUACCUGAGGGAUAUGAUUGGCGUGGUGAGCCAGGAGCCCAUCCUCUUUGCCACCAGCAUCGCUGAGAACAUCAGAUACGGCCGGCCCGACGUGACGCAGUCCGAUAUCGCGCAAGCUGCCAAGGAGUCCAAUGCUUACAACUUCAUUAUGGCCCUUCCUGAUAAGUUUGAGACGAUGGUCGGAGACCGAGGGACUCAAAUGAGCGGAGGACAGAAGCAGAGGAUUGCGAUUGCUCGAGCUCUAGUCCGCAACCCCAGAAUCCUCCUGUUGGACGAAGCCACAUCUGCUCUUGAUGCUGAGAGUGAGACCAUGGUGCAAGCUGCACUCGACAAGGUCCGACAGGGCCGUACCUCCAUAAUCAUUGCCCACCGCCUCUCAACCAUCCGGAACGUGGACGUCAUCGCUGGCUUUCAGCAAGGGAAGGUUGCAGAGCUGGGGACUCACAGUCAACUAAUGACAGAACAGGGAAUCUACCAUACGCUGGUCACCAUGCAGACCUUUCAAAAGGUUGAGGAGUCGGAGGAGGGGAAAGGACGGGGGGAUUCUGUGGACGCGAACAGCCCGUUGACCAAGAUCCGUUCUCAGUCUGUGCACAGCAGGAAGUUAAGAAACACCUCUUUUGCUUCCUCAGAGGGAGAGAAAGAGGAGAAACAGAAGUUGAAGGAAUACGGGACAGAAGAGAAGGAGGAUUGUCCCCUCCUGUCGUUCCCUCAAUUGAUGAACCUCAACCGCAACGAGUGGCCGUACAUUUUGGUCGGGACCAUCUGUGCCAUCUUCAACGGAGCUAUGCAACCAUUGUUUGCUGUCAUCUUCUCCAAGAUCAUCACUGUAUUUGCUGAACACAAUCAAGAGGUGAUCAGGGAAAAAUCUCUUUUCUUUUCUCUGAUGUUCAUUGUUAUUGGAGUUAUAACAUUCGUCGCCUUGUUUCUACAGGGCUACUGUUUUGGUAAAUCUGGGGAGACGCUGACCCUUAAACUGAGACGCGACGCCUUUAAGGCCAUGAUGAGACAGGACCUCAGCUGGUUUGACAACCCCCAAAACAGUGUUGGAGCGCUCACUACGAGACUGGCCACAGACGCAGCCCAAGUGCAAGGGGCCACAGGAAUCCGUCUGGCCACGCUGGCCCAGAACGUCGCCAACAUGGGCACCUCUGUGAUCAUCUCCUUCGUGUACGGCUGGCAGCUGACUCUGCUCGUCCUGGCUGUGGUGCCCUUCAUGGCAGCAGCUGGAACCAUGGAGAUGCGGGCGCUUACCGGAUACGCCGCUCAGGACAAGAAGGAGCUGGAGAAGUCCGGAAAGAUUGCUACAGAGGCCAUUGAAAAUAUCCGUACUGUUGUCUCUCUAAACAUACAACCCAAGUUUGAGUCUUUGUAUGAGGAACACCUUGAAGUGCCAUACAAGAACUCUCAGAAAAACGCCCAUGUGCAUGGGUUAUGCUUCUCCAUCACCCAGGCCAUGAUCUACUUUGCUUACGCAGGCUGUUUCCGCUUUGGAGCUUAUCUCAUUGUGAGAGGAAUGAUGAAUGCUGAGGGAGUAUUCCUUGUCAUUUCUGCUAUACUGUACGGUGCCAUGGCGCUCGGAGAGGCCAACUCCUUCGCUCCAAACUAUGCGAAGGCCAAAAUCUCAGCUUCCCACCUCAUGAUGCUGCUGAACAAAGAGCCCGCCAUCGACAAUCUCUCACAGGAGGGGGAGUCUCCAGACAAAUUUGAGGGCAACGUGCACUUUGACGGUGUCUUUUUUAACUACCCGGCACGCCCUGAUGUGCCCGUCCUCAGAGGGCUGAAUCUCAAGGUGAGCAAGGGAGAGACUUUGGCCUUGGUGGGGAGCAGCGGCUGUGGAAAGAGCACCACCAUCCAGCUGCUGGAGAGGUUCUACGAUCCCAGAGAGGGCAGAGUGCUGCUCGACAAUAUGAAUGUGAAAAAGCUGAACAUCCAGUGGUUGAGAUCUCAAAUAGGCAUCGUAUCCCAGGAGCCUGUGCUGUUCGACUGCACCUUGAGUGAAAACAUCGCCUAUGGAGACAACAGCCGCAUCGCAUCCAUUGCGGAGAUUCAGGAAGCUGCUAAAGCAGCCAACAUUCACACCUUCAUUGAUAGCCUGCCAAAGAAGUACGACACUCAGGCAGGUGAUAAAGGAACUCAGCUGUCCGGUGGCCAGAAGCAGCGCAUAGCCAUCGCCCGAGCCAUACUCCGCAACCCCAAAGUGCUGCUCCUGGACGAGGCCACAUCUGCACUCGACACUGAGAGUGAGAAGGUGGUGCAGGAGGCGCUGGACGAGGCCAGUAAGGGCAGGACGUGUAUCAUUGUGGCUCACCGUCUGUCCACCAUCCAAAAUGCAGACCGCAUCGCUGUUUUCAGCGGAGGAGUGGUGAUCGAACUGGGGACACAUCAACAGCUGCUGGCCCAAAAGGGAGUCUACCACAUGCUGGUCAACAAACAGAUGGGCCACUAGAGGAAAUAAGACACAGAGAGCAAUACUACACCUAUUGUUUUCCAUUUCUUUGUUUCCAGAGGUAUUUAUGUUUCCCUGCCCAGCAUCAGGGGCCUAACUUUCUUUAGAAAGUUAAUCUAUUAGCCAUAGGAUAAUCUGUCUGACAGCUGUGCCUCUUUGAGUCACAUAAUUUGGUUAUGAUCAGAUCAGACAAGUCACCUUUCAGUCCAAAUGAGAAGUCAAACUUCUGGUAUAAUGUUCAUUAGUUGUCGUUUUAUGGACCUUUUUCACAAAAGAUACUUUGACAUGUGACAACAGGAAAAGCACAAUAGUUAAGUUCUACAGCAUAUGUAUGUGGACACAUUUUAGACCGUUAAUGUCCGCAGUUUAACCCACAAAACCACAUUUGCAAGAAUUACUAACCUUUUUGUAGAAUGUUUCUAUGUGCAACUAUGAAAGUUUUAUAUUCGGUUACUGAAACAUCAGUCAUUUUAACAUCAUGUUACUCAUUUAAUGAAAACAAACAGGUGGAAAUCUUUCAACUUUUUUUGUCAUCAUCACAUACAUUUCGUGUUUUUGCAACAGAGAAAUGUCUUUAUUUGUUAUUUCCUCUGGGUGUUUAAAAGGAAGUACAUUCUGAUUCACAUUUUAAAAUGUCCAAAGUUUUAAAUGCAGUGGAAAUAAGGAAGGAAAAAAAAUAUCACAGUUUUUAAGGUUAUUUUCUAGUUACAGCAGUCAUUCUUAUAUAAGGUAAUGUAAACAUUCAGCCAUCUUCACUUGACGGAGAACAUAAACAAGACAGCUGCACCGUGUGCAGGUCCUAUAAGGUCUAGUGACCAAGUUUUAGGCAGUGAUCAGCAAGACAACCAUUUCUCUGAUGAGACAAGUCCUGAAGUAAUACGAAACAAUGUGCAGCACCGUAAUAGAAAAGGCAACGUGAGUUAGAUAUUGUAACUACAUAUUGUAAUAGUCCAGGCACAGCCCUCCGAGCUGUGGGCCCAUCUGGCUCCACUAGAGCAGCUGAGGAAAUGCCGGUUUAAAUUGAGGCAGAAAUAUGGUCACACGGCUGUGCAGACAUAACGGAGCUGUGCAAGGGGUAAAGAAAAUCAUCACGACUGAGGAAAUUAACCCAAUAACUCUUGAGAGGGUGAAGCCUUUACAAUAUACUUCAAAGAAAAGGAAAGUGGAAGCUUGCAAAUUAUGGUAGUAACGUUACUUUCAGCAUGAUAUUAGCCAGUGAGCCGACUGGAUCGUCAAAGAUCCCCUACACGUGUCACCCUGUCAUUCAAAUGGUAAUUGGACUUUUCUAGUCUUCCUACCACUCAAAGCGCUUUCAAACUCCAUGACAUCGUUCACCCAUUCACACCCAUUCAGACACUGAUCGGAGGGGCUACGGUCCCACCUGCCACAUUCAUACGCCGUAGGCACAGCUACGGGAGUGUCUCGCCGGAGGACACAUCGACAUGGGUUAGCGGGGCCGAGCAUCGGACCGCCGAUCCUCUGAUUGAAGGACGACCCUGCUCACCACUGAGCCACGAUUAACGUAGAGUCCCAGAGGAACGUAGAGAAGACUAACUGUAGGAUA